GAAAUUCCACGUAACAUGAAAAAUGUCAUUAAUCGAAAUAAUUAACCGACGUGUGUAAGUACCUAUGCAUCGUUAAUAAUAUUUUUGGUUACUCAAUUUUAAAACGGUGGAGCUUAUCCUUGAAAUUUGAUUAAGAGAUUUUUUCGCCCCGUUAAAGGCGCAAUGACAGUCCCGUGGACAGAGAAAUUGACGACAAAGCUGAUAUCACUCUAUCGUCGCUACGAGUGCUUCAGAGAUCCAUAUCAUCCAGAUUUUGGAAGCGGACAACUCCAACUUAAGGCUUGGAAGGAGAUCGUCGAUUUCCUCAACAUUCCUGGACUGACCGUGUGCGAUUGCGUUAAGAGGAUCUCCUUCGUGACGAAACGAUAUUGCUACGAACUUUACAAAAUCAGCUCUGCCAUUUCUAGCGGAGAUUACUAUAAACCGAAAGCUCUGUGGUUCGAAAUGAUGCACGAAUUAUUAUUCCCCCUGACGAAUUCUCGCGACCGCGUCGGCGAUUUCCGCUGUCGAAGUGACAAUUGCAAUUCGUACACCGAAUGUAAAUCCGAGACGGGAUCGGCGAAUUCGCCCGAGGAAUUUCGCCCCCGACGUCGCUCAAAGUCGGGAAGAUCUCCCCAAGAGAUCUCCCGAGACCAUCCCGGAGAAGCGUCGAUUUCCGGAGCUUGGACUCAAACCGAGGCCAGAACUAACGUUAUUCGCAACGGAGGAGACAGAUCUUGCGCACCAAAGACUUGCGCAAAAUGGACUCAGGUUUCGAAAAACGUCCACACAGUGGCUGUCGGUCGUGACCCGAAUAAGGAAAUUCUUCGCACAAAGUGUCGUAUUGUGUCAAUUAUAUAUUUCACCGCAAUCGUUGUACGCGUCAAGGACAGUGGGAUAUACGCCCAAAUGGACGUCGAUGGAGCGGGAUCGAGGAAACGCGACGAGUUCGACAUGUUCGGAAAGUGCAUCGCCUACCAGCUUCGAAGCCUUGGUUUUGAAAUUGCCAUCGACCUGGAGAAAAGGAUACAAGACAUGAUAACGAGAGAGCGGCUCGAUAACGCGAAGAAUGCGGAGUCCGACGAGCAGAUUUGCAGCUGCAGCUGCAGCGACUGCAAGAAGUCUUGCAAGGAAGAAAUGUGCGCCUGCGGCUUGCCCGUCAGCGAGUGUCAACCACCCCUGUCAAGAUAACCGUAGCCAUAAAGACAACUGUGAUAUCGCCUGUGAUUUUUCCUUUCCCCUGUGCAUUUAUAUAUUUAUUAAU